AAACUUUGCAUGCCCAAAAUGGACCGUGCAGGAUUUGCUGUUUUAGUGGUUGUGACUGUUGCGCUCAUGCGGGUUGGUGACAGUCACAGGGACGCGACAGGUGGGAGGAAAGAGGGUGCAGGGGCAGGCCGGGCGGUGUGGCACCAGCAGCAGUCCCGGGGGAUCAGUCAAGGUCACUCGCCAAGGGGACCGUCGGACGGUGCGUCCUCCGGAACAUCGGGUGAAACGUCCAGCCGCUCUCGGACUCUGGUGCGCCUGGCCAGGGGAGCGUCAGCCCAGGAGGACCGUCGGCACACAUCCAAAGCAGGACCCGCUCACGCUGCCGGCGCCCCUCGGGAGGACCUCGCCUCUGCGCAGCGCGUCGCCAGACACCCGGUCAGCCAGCAGCAAAGAACCAGAGUGAACCGCAGGCAGAGCAGCAAGUCCGGCUCUGCCGGCACCAGACGACUUGUUGGGCCCAACGUCUGUGGAGGUCAGCAGUGCUGCUCCGGGUGGGCGUUGGCACCGGGAACCAACCGCUGCAUAAAACCUGACUGCCAGCCCCCCUGCCAGAACCGUGGCUCCUGCAGCCGACCACAUACCUGUGUGUGUCGCUCAGGCUUCCAGGGGCCCCGCUGUGAGGAGGUGGCUCCGGAGCAGGUGUACAUCCGCGACGGAGGCGCCCUGAGGCGAGUUCAACCAGGCACCAACCCUUUCCAGAGAGACCAACCGCAGAGAAGGCCCUCGGAAAGGCACGCCAUCGACACCGCCAAGGUCCAGACCCCACGACCUGCGACUACCAGGCAGCCCGUCCACACUGUGACCCAAGUGAGACGGGGACCCCCUGACUCCUCCCCUCAGCAGACCGGGACCUCCCGCACUGUGAAACGUUAUCCAUCAUCCUCCGGGCCUAUCACCUCCAACGCUCUACCCAGUGGCAGCGGCUACGCUAACGGCCACGGCGGCGAGCACAGGAACUGGUACGGACACAGGAACGGGCACGGCAACGGGCACGGCAACGCACACUCCCACAACAGUCACAGGCCUUCCAGCGACGGCCAGCUGCACGGACAGUUCAACAAUGCAUUAUUACCAGCAGGGGCCAACCUCACCUCCAGCCUGGACCGCAUCAAGAUCGUCUUCACACCUAUGCUGUGCCGCAGGGUGUGCAAUGGCGGGCGCUGCUACAACAGCUGCGAGAAGGGCGACAUCACCACGGUCUACAGCGAGAACUCGCAGCAGCACCAGCAGCAGCAGCAGCAGCAGCCAAAGAACCAGGGCUUCCGACUCUUCUUCUGUCAGAUCCCCUGCCUUAACGGGGGCCGGUGCAUCGGCAGGGACCAGUGCUGGUGUCCGUCAAACUCGACGGGGAAGUUUUGCCACCUGCCAGCUCCGCCUCCUGCCAGACCCACCCCUCACAGCCACAAGGAUGCCGGACACCAGGGACCGAAGUCUCCAUCUCACUCUAUGUACACUCUGCCGCUAUCCAAUCAGCAAGCGUCCCUCCACCCAUCCUUGGUGAACGUCCACAUCCAGCACCCUCCAGAGGCCGAGGUCCAGAUCCACCAAGUGGCUCGAGUCCAGCCUGGGCAGAGAGCAGCCACCACUGAGGGGGCUCACUCUGUUCAGCAGCGCUCGCAGCCUGGGAAUGGACACGAACACACCAGCGACCACAGACACCCUCACACCAAUGGAAACGGCCACGGUCAUGGUCACGGCCACGGCCACACAACAACCCACAUCCGUCAGAACGGACACGUUGGAAGAUGCUUUCAGGAGACAGUCGACGGACAGUGUGGCAAGCCUCUGCCAGGCCUGACCAAACAGGAUGAUUGCUGUGGAAGUGUUGGCGCCUCCUGGGGACUGAACAAAUGCCAAAAGUGUCCAACCAAACCAGCGUUCGCAGUGAUUGCAAAUGGACAAGUGGAAUGUCCCAAAGGUUUCAAAAGGAUGAAUGUCACACACUGUCAAGACAUCAACGAGUGCCUGUUGCCUGGACUGUGUAAGAACGCCGAAUGCCUCAAUACCAAAGGAAGCUACAGAUGCACAUGCAAGCCGGGUUUCAUGUUGGAUGCUGCAAGGAGCCACUGUGUCUCGGACAAGGCGGUGUCGGACCAGAGGGCGUCGUGUUACCGAUCCAUUUCAGCCACCACGUGCUCUCUGCCGCUCGCCAAUCACCUCACCAAGCAGAUAUGCUGCUGCAGCCGAGUGGGCAAAGCCUGGGGCGCCGCAUGUGAUCGCUGUCCACUGCCGGGAUCAGACCACUUCAAGGAGAUCUGCCCAGCUGGCCACGGAUACACUUACUCUCGAUCUGAUGUGCAGAUUUCUCUCAGGCAGCUGGAGGCUGACGAGCUGCAGAGCACUGGGUUGUCGCUGGAGGAGCAGAACCCGACUUAUCCCCAGUUUCCAUCCUCUCAGCCUUCACUGCCGCAGUUUCCCAGCUACCCACAAACACCACAAGUACCCCAAUACCCUGAAUACCCCGAGACACCACAAGCACCCCAGUACCCCUUGACUCCACAGCAUCCCGGACAGCCGGACGAUGUGGAAAUUCUGAGCCCGCCAGCUGUUGUGACUGACUCACCGCUGAAAUAUCCAGAGACUUCUCCAGACUUAAGUGUCAACCUGAGGCCAGAUGCAAAGGAAAGAACCCCCAUAGACUCAUCCACAGGUAUUGACAAGUGUGCCACCACUCCCACUAUAUGCGGCCGCGGGAGAUGUGUCCCCGUGCAGACCGGAUACACCUGCCACUGUGAGCCGGGAUUCAAGCUCAGCGCGCUGCAGACCAACUGCAUUGAUGUGAAUGAGUGUGAUGAGGACCCAUGUGAAGGAAAGGGCCGCUGUGUAAACAGCUACGGCUCCUACACCUGUCAGUGCCACAGCGGCUACAGCCAGGUGAUCACUCAGAACAGGAAAUUCUGUCAAGACAUUAAUGAGUGCAGCAUGCCCAACAAGUGCCAGAAUGGCAACUGCGUCAACACAGAGGGAUCUUACACCUGUGAAUGCAACACGGGCUACGCCAAGUCCUGGAGAGGCCUCUGCGAAGACAUGGAUGAGUGCAGAGAUCCCAGCUCCUGUCCCAACGGCGUCUGCGUCAACACUGUCGGCUCGUUCCAGUGCCAGGCCUGCAGCCCGGGAUUCAGGCCUGUCAACGAAAGAUGUGUGGAUCUGAACGAAUGCUUGAACCCGGCCGUGUGCGGUCGCGGUCGCUGCGUCAACACCGAGGGCUCCUACACGUGCAACUGUUUCCAAGGUUACGCCCUCUCACCGGACAACGUUUGCCAAGAUGUGGACGAGUGCGUGCUUCCGGAAGUCUGUCUCCACGGCCGCUGUGUCAAUCUGGACGGCACCCACAAGUGCACCUGUAACCAUGGUUACCAAGUCACCUCAGACAGCAAAUCCUGUGAAGAUGUCAACGAGUGCGCAACUGGUAACGCGUGCCCCGAGGGUAUUUGCAUCAACACUGCAGGUUCCUACACUUGCCAGAACUGCAGGCCUGGGUUUGGACCGUCUGCUGACGGACUGACGUGCGAAGAUGUUGAUGAGUGUGCCCAGGGUGACUUGUGUCAAGGUGGAGUGUGCGCCAACACUGAAGGAUCCUACAGUUGCACCAGAUGUAAGGCUGGCUACAGAGUGUCUCAAGACCGGCAGAGGUGUGAAGAUAUUGAUGAAUGCCAGUCCCUGUCUACCUGUGCCAACGGGAUCUGUCUAAACUCAGAAGGCUCCUACACCUGUGAGAACUGCCCUACAGGCUACAGAGUGUCAUAUGACGGGGAGCUGUGUGAAGAUGUUGAUGAGUGUGCGCUGCCCACAACCUGCCCCCAGGGAACCUGUACAAACACAGAGGGCUCGUUCACAUGUGUCAUCUGUCAGCCCGGUUUCAGGGUGUCGGAGGAUGGACAGCAGUGUGACGAUGUGGACGAGUGCCUGGUGGCUAACUCGUGCCCGGGCCAGCUGUGCACGAACACGCCAGGAUCUUACACCUGUACAAGCUGCGGAGCCGGAUUCCAGCUGUCUAAAGAUGGUCACAACUGUGAAGACAUUAACGAGUGCCAGACCCCAGGUGUUUGCCCCACGGGUGUUUGCACCAACACAGAGGGCUCCUUCUCCUGCAUGGCCUGCGACCCGGGCUUCUCGGUGGCGCCCAACGGGCUGUCAUGUGAAGAUGUAAAUGAAUGCGAGGACACCAACUCGUGCGUGGGAGGCCAGUGCACCAACACCAUGGGCUCCUAUAGCUGCUCCUGCCCGUCUGGUCUGGAGCUGGUUGAUGGGACGUCCUGCAGAGAUAUCAACGAGUGUUUAACCAUCAUGGGGAUCUGUGGAGAGGGAGACUGUCUGAACAGCGAAGGGUCCUACUCCUGCGCCUGUCCUAACGGGUACACCAGCACUGAUGGAGGGACCGGCUGCCGAGACGAGGAUGAAUGCAGCAAAGACAACGUGUGCGUCCGGGGACAGUGCGUUAACAGCGACGGCUCCUUCUUGUGCUUGUGUGAGGCCGGCUUCAAGUUCAACGACGACACCGCCGACUGCGAAGACCAGAAUGAGUGCAAGGAGUUUGGAAGCUCGGUGUGCGGCACCUGGCGCUGCGAGAACACGAUCGGCUCGUACCGGUGCUUCAUGGGGUGCCAGCCCGGCCAAGAGGGCACCGCUGACUGUGAUAUCGACGAGUGCGUCAACGAAACAAUCUGCGGGAACCACGGCUUCUGCGAGAACACGGACGGCUCCUUCCGCUGUCAGUGCGACCAAGGCUACACCAACCCGCCCGGAGAUGCCAGCAAGUGUGUCGACGUGAACGAGUGCGAGAUGAGCUUGGCGCUGUGCGGGGAGGCCCUGUGUGAGAACUUCGAUGGCAGCUUCCUGUGCAUCUGCACCAACGACAAUGAGGAAUUUGAUCCCUUCACCAGCCAGUGCCGCUCCAUUGCUGCGCUCGACACCAAACCCGCCCCUUCGUUCGCUCCUCCGGGUGAGCAGGAGAGGAAGGAGUGCUACUACAACCUGAAUGACGCAAACUUCUGCGAUAACGUCUUGUCCCGCAACAUCACCAAGCAGGAAUGCUGCUGCACGGUCGGGGCAGGUUGGGGGGACAACUGCGAGAUCCACGCCUGUCCCGUCCCAGGAAGAGAUGAUUAUAACCAGUUGUGUCCCCAUGGCAACGGAUUAUUACCGCUGCCCGUGUCCUCAACACAAAGUCUCGGAGAGCCUUUCAUAGAUGCAAAUGAGUGCGAGAUGUUUGGAUCGGACCUCUGCAAGAACGGACAGUGUUCAAAUCUGUUCUCCACCUAUACCUGCUACUGUCGCUCCGGCUUCUACUACGACAACAUCCGGCUCGAAUGCGUGGAUUAUGAUGAGUGUGAGUUUGAACACGCCUGUGAGAACGGAGCAUGUGUGAACACUGCCGGGUCUUUCAACUGUUUCUGCAGCCCUCCGUUGGUCCUGGACAGCACACGGCGACGCUGCAUCGGCCUCAACACCACAGAAGAACCUCUAGAAUCUGAUCACGACGUGCACAUGGGCAUCUGCUGGCAGCGACUCGAGGGCGACAACAUGUGUGCAGAACCCCUCCAGGGACGCAGAACCACAUACACUGAAUGCUGCUGUCUGUACGGGGUGGCCUGGAGUGGCCAGUGUGCCUUCUGUCCCAGGAGGUUCUCUGAUGACUACACAGUGAUGUGCAACCUGCCUCGGAGGGAGGGUUCAGAUAGCCUGCGAGAGCGGAUAGGAUACGAGUACGGCGUUGAGGAGUCCGAGGAUCCUGCGGAGCCUUUUGUUCCUCCGUACUGGGAUAGUUACGGCGGCGCUGCAGGACCCUAUGACAGCGUUCCCCUGUUUAACGACAACGACUACAGCGUCCAGCAGCCGCCAGUCCGAGUCCCCAUCCAACGACCACGAGAGAACCAGCCGCACUCAGUGGACGCCUACUCUGAGCGCUACGAAGGGUUCGAGGGUCUCCGAGCAGAAGAAUGCGGAGUCCUGAACGGGUGUGAAAACGGCCGCUGCGUCCGCGUGCGAGAAGGCUACACCUGCGACUGCUUCGACGGCUACGAACUUGACCUCGACAAGAUGGCCUGCAUAGACAUAAACGAAUGCAAGGACAUCAGCGACAAGGUGCCCUUGUGUCAGAACGGGCAGUGCACCAACACGGACGGAUCCUACAAGUGCACCUGUUUGCCGGGCUUUGUGGCCACUGCCAAGCCGCACAAAUGCAUCCCAGCAAUCCCGGAGGCUGGUCUUAGGGAGGCAGAAAACUGAGACAGAGACCGUCGGAGCGCUGGCUUCUCCUGCUCCCUCAAAGAUCGCCUUACACCCCCUCUGCCCUUUCCCCCCGAGGGCCCGGCACUAAACCUCCAACAGUAAACGCUGAAACGUCCAAACUCGUUUCCCUGCAUCACCACACGCACCGGCACUAACAUGUACAUACAAAAGCACACACACACACAUUUGCAUUCAGCACAGAAAACACAUCCAUAUCCCCCCUCAUACACACUCAAGAGGACCAGGAACUGUGCAGUGAAUGUAUUACAUGGGAUUUAGUAUUCACCAGAUAUCCAUUUGCCUUAAAGGGAUUUUGUGGACUGAUCUUUUUUAUUCAGUAACCCCAGGCAAUUUGAUAUACAGAUAUACUUUCCACAUUAUUUUCUCUGUCACUUUCCUUUUUUUUUUCUUUUUUUUCUUUUUGUUGUUAUUUAUUUCAUUUAAAUGACGGGCCUCUGCAAACUAAGAAAGCAACCUAUUUUCAGAGGGCACACUUGAUUCCUCUCGUUUUAUUUGUCUCGCCGAUUGACUUCAGAGAGAGCGUGGAGAGAUAAUUAAUGUAUUUUGUAAAAGAAGGAAUGUCGUAAGAAUUCAGCCAUACUAUAUCAGCGUGUGCGUCACUGUCAAACCUCUCACCAGCAUAUAUCUCACUCGGUCGCUGCGUAAUUAGGCCUUGGACUAAACGGACGCCAGGGUCUCGACCAACAUCCGAAAUCAUUCGCGGAGCAAACUUUUUCCCACAGCUGCCUUUCUUCGAGAUUAACUGCAAGCUGAAGAAUCUCUGGACCAAGAACAGCACAGUCAAACUCUCACAUUAAAAAACCUUUAUGGAAAGACUCUUAGAUGUAUAUGAUGAUCUAUGUAAUGUUUUCAAAAGCGGUGCAAUAGGUGUGACCUGCCUUCUUCUGUUUGACACCAGUUUCAUAUAAUUCCAGCAAUGAAGUAGGAAAACUCUGACCCUGACUUUUUUUUUUCUUUCUAACAGUAUUAACUUGUUUUAUACUUCUGAAAAAAAAAGAAAGAAAAACAACAACAAAAAAAACAACCAUAUGCACCUGAUUCUAGGCUACAUCCUAGCCUGGCACAGAAAGGUAAGUUAACUGAAAGUAUCGACAGAAAUCACUGCUUGAGAUGAGAGGUUGGUUUUAUGCACCACACAGGCAAAUAGGAGUUUCCAUUCACCUGCAACACGGAUCUCAGCUCUCACACAAGACCAUUCCCAUGUGUGCAUCUCUGAAUGCACGUAAAGACAAAGGCUUCGUUGGAGAGGUUUGGUAUAUUUUGUACAGAUCUAGUACUAUGUAUUAUUUUUGUUACAUAUUCUCUUAAUGCAUUAUAGCACAACCAAUAUUUUUGUUUGACAUAAAACAUAAAAUGUAAGAAAAAUCUGGCAUUAUAGCUUUGUAGAUUUAUAUAUGUCUGUACAAAUGUUUUUUUUUUUUUUUUUAAAGCAUAUCUUUUUAUGUAUGAGGAGAGUGGCUGACACUGUACCAGAGGAACUGUGUGUGUAUUCCCUGCCCUGUGGAGCAGACAAUGAAUUAUAUUUUUUGGAAGUGGCAGCACUGUUCUGAUCGCAGACAUUUUGUCUCCUUAAGUUCAUUACAAAGACAAUGCUUUUGAAAUGCAAGCACCGACUUCUGUGCGUCACAACUUUACGGCUAAAUAUUAGUAAUUGUGAGCAUUAUUUCUUUUUUUUUUUUUUAGUCUCUGUUGGAUCCUUAUUGUCAUGAAUGUAUCGUAAACAGUAUCCGCCUUCGCCUCUGGUUACCCAAAUUUUCACUCACACCAUGUAGUCUUUUUGUAUUCAGGAAUAAAUAUCAGCAAACAUAUUCAUAACUCUAACUUUGGAUGACAACUAAAGUUACACAGUUAACCUGCAUUCAUAAUCUCUGAACCUACAGUCGUACAAAUGUGUUCACUCGAUGCCCACUGUACUUUACUGUGCUGUCCGGAAACGUUUAGGUCAAAGUUGGAAUGUCUAAAACCUUUCAAAACUACAAUUAACUUGAGAUAAAUGCCUUGUUGUAAAGCUGUGGUCAAUGGAAAUAUCAUGCUCAUUCAUUUUGUUUACCUCUUGACUGUAAUCACUAUCAGUCAUCAAAAUAAAACAUGAAAAUUA